AUGUCUGGUCGCGGCCGUAUUCACAAGCCUAGCGCUGGGUCGCCGGUGGGGCCGACGGGAGGGGCCGUCGGCGGGGCUGUGGGCGGCGCCGCCCCUCCCGAUGACGACCACGAGAUGGACGACGAAGAGUCGGCCCGAAAGAAGCAGAAAGAAGCGGCCGAACGCAAGUCGGGCCUGUCGUACGACUUCUUCGACGAGGUGUUCAAACUCGAUGGUAACCCUCGGCAAGUGCUGAUCGACCAGAAGCUGUACGUCAAGCCCAACGAGAACUGGUUCGCCGUCAAGAAAGAGGAGGAGCCGGAGGUCAAAAACGAGCCGUUAGUCGAUAAGAAGUUUGCGGGCAAACAAUACGUGACGGAACAGAUCGUCAAAGAGAAGGAGCGCUGGAAGUCGUUGGCGCGCGAAGAGGCGGAUCGUUUCAGGCCAUCGCCGUCGCCCUCUGCGGACGCGUCGGUCGCCGGCAGUGUUUUCGGCGGUUCGCGCCAAUCGGUGAUCACUGCCGCGGGUCGGCCUAACCGUCGCGCCAAUGCAUCCACUCUGUCAGUGGUGUCGUCAGCCAUCGAGAGUGUGGGCACAGUUCAGCCGAUGGCCAUUCCCGACACGAUUAUGGAGGACGUGGACAUGACGGACGUGAAGGCGUACUUCGGCCCCGAUUCCCGUCAUAAGCGGCAACAGUUGCCGAUCAGUCAAUACGCGGAUCAGAUCGUGAGCGUCGUUACCCUGAAUCGAGUGAUUGUCAUCGAAGGCGCCACCGGUUGCGGAAAGACAACACAAGUGCCGCAAUACAUAGCCGACGAUUGCGCCGAAAGGGGCGUCCCCUUCAACAUUGUGGUCACUCAACCCCGACGUAUUGCCGCCAAAUCCAUCAGCGCUCGUGUGGCCGAAGAGCGCGACUGGGAGUUGGGCUCUCUUGUCGGCUAUCAAAUCGGAAUGGACAAGUCAUGUGUGAGCGCCGACACCCGCAUACUCUACGUCACCACUGGUGUACUUCUUCAGCGUCUGAUUGGCAGCCGACGACUCGACACGUAUUCGCAUAUCAUUAUAGACGAAGUGCACGAGCGGUCCAUCGAGACGGACCUACUGCUGCUGGUGAUCAAGCGUCUGAUGGCCGCCCAGAGUGUGUCCGUCAAAAUCAUACUAAUGUCGGCCACAUUCGAAGUGUCACAACUGAGGGAUUACUUCACGAUUCCCAUCUACAAAGACGAAGAGUUGGUCCAAGAGGUGGUUCCGGCGCACAUCAAGAUCGACGAGCGCAACAAACCCCUACACAUCUACUACUUGGCCAACAUUCGCAAAGAUCUACACCUCGUACACAACCCCAACCCCUCCCGUGAUAUCCGGUAUCACUAUAACAGCGACAACGAUAAGAGCGCCGCUUGCGUUACACAAGAAGCCAUGGAAGUGGCCGUUCAUAUGAUGGAAUUGGGACUUAAAAAUCUCGACGACGAUAGCGGUUCCCGCGGCGCUGUACUCAUAUUCCUCCCCGGUUUGGAGGAGAUAAUCGAGUUGAAGGCCAGACUCGAGAAGAGCAAAGAGUGCGCUCUACAGCACUGGAAGAUAUAUCCGUUGCACUCAUCCAUACCUCUGGACAAACAGAACUCGAUAUUCACCAAAACGGCGCGAACCGAACGCAAAGUGAUUUUGGCCACUAAUAUAGCCGAGAGUUCCAUAACAGUGCCCGACGUGUCAUACGUUAUCGACUUCUGUCUGACCAAAAGUCUUGUUUGCGACGUCGAGACCCACAUCCCAGUGCUUAAGAUGGAGUGGGCGUCCAAAGCCAACUGCCAACAGAGGGCCGGACGCGCCGGUCGUGUAACGCAGGGCCGCGUGUAUCGACUCGUCGAGGAGUCCUUCUACAAGACCCAAAUGCCCGAUUACAGUCAGCCAGAGCUGACCCGUUCACCACUGGAUCUGUCCAUUCUUCGGGUCAAAAUGCUUGAAAUGGGUUCACCCAAAGAGUUGCUCGGUUUGGCGCUGAGUCCACCCGAUUUGGCCGAUAUCUACCGUUCGGUACUUCAACUCAAACAAGUGGGCGCUUUCACAGUGAAGGUGACAGAACGCGACCGAAUCUAUUACGACGAGGAGGACGGAGACAUCACAACUCUGGGCCGCAUUAUGUCUCACCUGCCCAUCGAUAUACGUCUGGGAAAACUGGUGAUUAUGGGCCACGCGUUUGACUGUCUCGAAGACUGCAUUAUCAUCGCCGCGUGUCUGUCCACACAAGGUAUGUUUCGCAAAGACUUCGCUCAGGGUCUCAACGCGUAUAAGUCGCGCAUGUCUUGGGCCGACCGGUCGUUCAGCGAUUCCAUUGCAUACCUGAACGCCUAUAAGAUGUACAAGAAGUUUGAGGCCGAGUUCUCCAACGAUCGGCGUAUGGCUGAGAACUGGUGUCGACAGAACUUUCUGCAACACAAACGCAUUCUCGAAGUCGAUUACAUGAUCGGCGAACUGUUCACUCGUCUCGCCCGCGACAAUAUCGUGAUUCCCGAACGACCGAACCUUCGCCGAAGUCGACACGAAGAGGAACUCAUACUUAAAGUCGUGAUGUGCGCCGCGUUUUACCCGAAUUACUUCACCCGCAAUGAAAUCAAUCUAAAAAACAUACCGAAAGAGUUGAGUACAAAAGAUCCGCGCACUUCGGUGUCUGUGGCGGGACUGCCGGCCAAUCAGGGCCCGUUAUACGCAGCCGCCAUUCGCGAGCUGUUCUCCGUGUGCGCCAAACGCAUAGACAUCGACUUCGAGGACACAAAGGCUUAUCUCACUUUUCUGGACGACACUCAUCCGCUAAAGGAUGCCUUUGACAAUCAUAUUCCACUGCAUCUUAAGCGGGAACCGUUUGGCGGUUCCGCGUCUUCCAUGUCCUGCAAAUCGGAAUCUCGAUCGGACACUCCGAUGUCCAGCACUACCGCCACUUCUACCACCGAUCGGUCGAUGAGUGUUAGCAGCACUUUGAGCUCAUCCACCAUCAAAUCCAAGCGCAGCAUUAAAGAGACUACGAUGAAAAUGGCGGUUUACGUGGCGCUGGCCAUGAAUGGCCACCGAAUCAACAAAGAGAUACCAAAACUGAAUCCCAAAUUCACUGAGAAAGAACUCUCACGACUUGAAAAAUUCAAAGAGAGCGUACAGUCGGAAGUGUUGAUCGCAUUCCGGUCGCAUCGGGUAUCGAUGCCACACAUGAUGCCCCGCAUACGGCUGUCACGACUGCCAAUGCCUCGGCUCGACUGCACGGAGAUUGAGAUCCGCAUUACACACAUCGAAGACCCGACAAAUUUCUACGCCCAAUACGUCGACGAAUACACCCGCAAACACUUGGACACUCUCUCCCACUUCAUUAACUACGACGACUCGUUCCGCGCGAUCGACGCCGAAAGCCUUCAGGUCGGCGAUAUAGUGAUCGCUCCCUAUUUCGACUCUAAGGGCGCGCAGAUGUCCGGCAGGGGUCGCGUCGAUAGCAUUGUAUACAAACCCGCCGUUGGUAUACAAACCAAAGAAGUGGAAUCGGUUCGUAUGGAUCCGUUUUCGGUCUUCUAUUUGGACGACGGAAAGUCGUUGGUGUUUGACAGCUGGCAGUCCAUGACUCGCGUGACCGCCCGGACCAACGUUGCAUUCAUGGAGAUCCCGCCGCUGGCCGUCCACUGCGCGCUAUCGCAAGUGAAUCCGUCGCCUAUCAGUUGCAUAGACAGCACGUGGUCUAAGAAGUCGAUCAAUUACUUCAGAAAGUGGACCGCAGAGCACCCAACGUAUACCGCCAAAAUCUACUCAGUUGUCAACCGAGUGGUACGACUGGAACUGUUUAAAAACGUGGACCGAAGCGAGUCUUUCAACGAUAUGUUGGUUAACAUUGGGUUUGCGGAGAAGUGGGAGGAAAGCGAGCAGUCGAGGCUCAACCACAGCUCCCGUCGCAGCCAUACGUCCGCCCGAACCGACUCGAGCCUCAAACUCGAAGAAUUCAAACCGGGUGUCUAUUAUCCCGACGAAGCCCUCGAACUUCCGACGGAUUUCUAUAAAAACGAGAAGAUCUCUAACAUCAGGACACACGACAAGAUCUCACUUCGAGGCCCUUUCAAUCCAUUACAAUGCUCGUUUAGAGGCGUCAGUCGUCAGACAUCGUUCCGAAAGGUAACGGUGGACAAGGAUUCGGUCAAUUUCGUGGUCUUAGAGCCCGACUAUCUCUCGAAACACACCCGACUGCUGGUGUCGGCAUCAAUGGGUUUGCGUCAGGAGUCGGGAAACAUUACGCUCAGAGACACGACACUAAUGCCAAACAUACGGGGCUUUCCGGCGCUGAUGUCGCUGUUGUUCGCACCGCGCGUUCAGCUCAGAGCCGACGACGAGAAGCAACAGUUUGUGUCCGCCAUCUGUGGCCUCGGAUACGAUGGGCGCUCUUUCAAGGGAUACGACACUGAAUACGACUCCGAGGUAAUCUUCGAUUCGGACAUUUCGCGCGAAGACAUCAUUAAAGUGAAUAUCAUUCGGUUUAACAUCACAUCACUGUUAGCCAGUCGUCAAGCGCUGCAGGAGUACAGCGAAGCGAGUUUGGCCGUCAAACAGCGCAAAAUCCGCCGAUACGUGAUCGAGCUGUUGGACCGACGCCGGCGUCUCGUCGACAACUCCCGGUAUCAGCCGCUGUACCGAUGGACUGACCUGUCGGGCGAGGAUGUGAUGCAUCCGCGCCAAAGUGAGGUCGAGAUCAACGCCAAUAUCCUUCCCUACUGUGAGGCGCGACAACUCACUGAAUACGACUGGUAUGAAGACGUCCUCAAGAAUCUCAACGAACUUAAGAAACUUGAAAAAGGAGAGUCUUGCGCUGCGUUUAAAUGCGUUUUGUGUGCACUGAAAGUGUACUCCAAGUCUGAUAUGUUAACGCAUAUCCAUAGCGAUGGCCACAGAGAUAUGGCCGACGACUUCGCGAAGUACUGUAAGAUCAAUGAACAGGAGGUGCAGAAGCAGAAGGUCUUCGAACAGAACGAAAUGGAGUGCAUUGACGAACAGGAAGAGGACGAGUCGUGUCAGGAAGUGUUUGAUGUCGACACCGAUUCCGACUGAUUGCCGCCCAACACAUAGAUCUCAACUCAUUUUUCAUAUCAUUUUUUGAUUUGAUUUAUUUUUCUCAAUACUUGUUUUGUCCACAUUUGCAAUCAUUUGGUGUUUAAAAAUUAUUUUUGUACUUUUUUUGCUUUUGUAUCGAGAUUUAAUUUGUUUCUUAUUAUGUAAUAUUGAUUUGUUUGAAUCGCUUUUAGCAGAAGAUUUAAUUGAUGUUUUGAUUACGA